UUGGCUCUUCACUAAAUCGGAUGUCGUUUCUACUUCCUUUUAGUCAGGCAAGAUGGCGGAAUACGAUCUGACCACCAAAAUUGCCCACUUUUUGGACAGACAUCUCGUUUUUCCUCUGUUGGAAUUCUUGUCUGUAAAGGAGAUCUAUAAUGAGAAGGAGCUUCUCCAUGGCAAGCUGGAUCUACUCAGUGAAACCAACAUGGUGGACUUCGCCAUGGAUGUGUACAAGAACCUGUUCCCUGACAAGGAAAUCCCCCACUCCCUCAGAGAGAAGAGGACGACCGUCGUGGCCCAGCUGAAACAGCUGCAGUCUGAAACGGAGCCCAUCGUCAAGAUGUUCGAGGAUCCAGAGACCACCAGGCAGAUGCAGUCCACCAGGGACGGACGAAUGCUCUUUGACUAUCUGGCGGAGAAACACAGCUUCCGCCAAGAGUACCUGGACACCCUGUACCGAUACGCCAAGUUUCAGUAUGAGUGCGGAAACUACUCUGGAGCCGCUGAGUACCUGUACUUUUUCCGCGUCUUGGUGCCCGCCACGGACAGGAACGCGCUGAGCUCCCUGUGGGGGAAGCUGGCCUCCGAAAUCCUGAUGCAGAACUGGGAGGCUGCCAUGGAAGACCUCACCCGGCUGAGGGAGACUAUCGAUAACAACUCUGUAAGCUCUCCUCUCCAGUCCCUGCAGCAGCGGACCUGGCUGAUCCACUGGUCUCUCUUCGUGUUCUUCAACCACCCCAAAGGGAGAGACAACAUCAUCGACCUGUUCCUCUACCAGCCCCAGUACCUGAACGCCAUCCAGACCAUGUGCCCCCACAUCCUGAGGUACCUGACCACUGCCGUCAUCACCAACAAGGACGUCCGCAAGCGCAGGCAGGUCCUCAAGGACCUGGUGAAGGUCAUUCAGCAGGAGUCCUACACCUACAAAGACCCCAUCACAGAGUUUGUGGAGUGCCUGUAUGUGAACUUUGACUUUGACAGCGCUCAGAAGAAACUGCGGGAGUGCGAGUCGGUGCUGGUGAAUGACUUCUUCCUGGUUGCUUGCCUGGAGGACUUCAUUGAGAAUGCCCGCCUCUUCAUCUUUGAGACUUUCUGCAGAAUCCACCAGUGUAUCAGCAUAAGCAUGCUGGCAGACAAGCUGAACAUGACGCCAGAGGAGGCAGAGCGAUGGAUCGUCAACCUCAUCCGCAACGCCCGGCUGGAUGCCAAAAUAGACUCCAAGCUGGGUCACGUGGUGAUGGGCAACAACGCAGUGUCGCCGUACCAGCAGGUGAUUGAGAAGACCAAGAACCUGUCCUUCAGGAGCCAGAUGCUGGCCAUGAACAUCGAGAAGAAGAUCAGCCACAGUAACCGCAACGAGACUCCCAACUGGGCUGCCCAAGACACCGGAUUCUGAAAACGCGUGGAACACGAGUCUUUUAAUUCCAGUUUCUAAGGCAGCAUUCACACCCUGUUACAUCGAUUUUUCUUUUUUACUUGUUCCCCAAGACGCAGAAAGAUGUUGCUUUUUUUGCACUUGGUUCAAGUCAUCGGUGAUUCAAUAAAAAAUAAAAAACACAUUCGGAAACCA